AUGGCGAAACUAAAACAUCCCAUCAGUUGCAAGGUUCCUACAAAGCCACCACAGGAGGAUGCUGCUAUAAAAGGCAAUAAAGACACCCCACAGGUUGCCCAAGCCAGAGGAACUCAAGGGCAGACAGAGGGAAUAACAGCAGGAAGGUUAAAGCUGGCGGAGAAACCUUCAUCAGUUACAACAGAUCCCUUUCCCCAGCCUCAAGUCAACAUGGUCAACUUAAAUUGGCUAGAACAGAAGAGAAACAAACCCACAACAGAGGCUGGCUCCAGCAAAGGCAGAAGAGUCACGAGGGAGGCUAGUCAGAGGCCCAAGGCAACUAUGUCAGCUGAGGUAGUGUUGUGCAGCAAGUGCAAGUGCGAGAGUGAGCUAGAAGUGAUUCUAGACAGGCAGAAUCAGCCUACACCUAGUGUUUUUGACAGGAUUGGAACGUCAUGCCACCAGCAAUGCCCAAUUCUGAUUCCAUCUCGAGAUAGAGCCAGACAGAAAGACUAUCUUAGACCUGCUCAGUGCAGCAGAAGAAUGGCAGAGCAGCCCAAGAAGGAGAUACCUAUUAAGAUGCUUGGGAAUGAAAAACCCUUGGCAACUAUCAUAUAA